CGGAGUCCAGCCGCAGUUCGCGAGGACCGGAGCCGUUAACUCUCUCAAACUGUUAGGAUUUUAUCAUGGACACCACGGUAACUUCAUUAAAAACGGCUGUCGGUGUGGUUUAACGCGAAGUGCGCGGUUUCCCCGUGAGUUUGCGGUGAAGGAGUCGUUAAUAAUGUUCCGUUUGUUCUCGCUGGCGGCGGCGGAGCGCGGGAGACAGAAGCGGCGGCUCGAGCUCAGUCUGGCGGGAAUCUGUGAGCUCGAGCUGCUCAAGCGGCGGCACGAGGCGCUGAUCGCCGGGGCGCUCGCGCUGCACUCUCCCGAUCCCGAACCGGAUCCCGAACCCGAGCCGAAGAAAGCCGAGCGGCCGAGCGACGAUCCGAACCCGCCGGACGGCUCGUGGGGUCUGAUGAACCUCUUGCAGCAUCAGGUGGGAGAGCUAAAGGUGGACACAGAUAGUGGCUUGGUGGAGCCCCCUACUGACGCUGGAGACAUUCCAACUGCUUCAGGUUUCUCUGAGCAGGCUGUGGGUCUGUCUCCUGUCGGCCCAUCUGACUCUUCUGGUCUCGUUGAGAUCCACCCCGUCCGGCUCUCUGAGAGACCCAAGUCUGUUGGUGAUGUAUUUAUCGGCCGUGAGCUGAACGCUCGCACCGCAGUUCCCCGCUCUUUCUCCGCACCCUAUCCACCUCUAGAGGGCAUCACUGAAGAUGAGCCGUGGAUCUGGCAUCCCAGUGAGGAUGCUGAGGAGGAAGAACCCUGCCCAGACGACUACAGACAGACGCAGCGUGCCGAAACGUACAUCCUCGGCCUGAUCCAGCGCCGCUCGCCUCCCGCCCGACCCACCAAACCCCGCACCAGCCUGGGACCCGAGGCCCGAGCCGUGGCCCGACAGAGCAGCCUGUGCCGCAAGGAUCCGCUGUACAUCCUUGAGGAGAGACAUGCAUGCUAUCCCAGACUUGCCGGGAUCCGCUGCGGCGCUCUGGAUCCCAGCAGCAGCGAAGCCGAAUCCUAUCAGAACGCUCGCUCGCCAUCGUCCGACGAGCUUGUGAACGCGCAAUACAUCCCAGCGCAGCCAUGCCGUGCUCAAACCGCCGCGCACCGAACGCACACUGCUCCCAAACCCACCACCUCACAGCUCAGAGCCGCGGCGAAGAAGUGCCGCUUCACGGAGGACAAGAUUGCUCAGAAGAAACCCGGACGAAAAGCAUGUCGCGCUCAAUCCGAGAACAGCCUGCUUGGGCAAAGAGAGCGCAAAUAUAACACAAUGGAGCGCGACGCUCAAGCCAAAACACGCCGCGGCUCUGGUCACCGCCGCUGGCGCUCCACGCUAGAACUGAGUCAGGACGAAGCAGAGACUCCUCCCGAGCAGCCAAUCAGACGCUCACGCAAACCUCGUGUCUAUGCCCAACCGCACCUUCAUCAUCAUCAUCAUCAUCACCAUCAGUUCCCGCCAGACGGCUAUGCGCUCCGAGAGUCGGAGUCCAGUCUGAGCGAAGCCGAGUCUCCAGGCUCCAGCUCGCUCUCCAGCGACUCCGACGAGAGCGGCGGAUUGGUCUGGCCGCAGCAGCUCCGCCCACAGCUGGCUCCGCCCUCUCCGUCACACCCGCCGCAGCCCAAAGCCUUCGUGAAGAUCAAGGCGUCGCAUGCGCUCAAGAAAAAGAUCCUGAGGUUCAGGAGCGGAUCACUCAAAGUCAUGACCACCGUAUGAGCGACGAACACCUAAUCGCAGUGAACUGAAAGCAGUUUGAAUUGAAGUGCCAAACAGGGUUACCCUUCGCAGGGAAUUUGAUUGACAGGUGAUCUGACCAAUCAUAACACUGAAUCUGCUUUUGUCUGGCAAACAAACCAGACAGGACAGUAGAUUAACAUCGGUGGACUUGAACUUGAAAACCAUACAUUGACGUCUUCGCAGUUAAAACAAGAUACCUUCUGAUGUUUAUUUCAUGCUUUAACUACACUCUUAAAAAUAAAGGUUCCAAAAGGGUGUUUUUGCAUUGAUGCCAUAAAAGAACCAUUUUUGGUUCCCCAAAGAAACUUUCAGUGAACAGUUCCUAAAAGAAACAUUUUGAAGAACAUUUUAAAAAAUCUAAAGAAACUUUUUCGACUUUAAAGAACCUUUUCUGCAGGUUCCAUGGAUGUUCAAGGUUCUUCAUAGAACCAUUGAUGCCAAUAAAGAACCUUUAUUGUUAAGAGUGUAGUAAAGAGGAAGAGACGAUCGGUUCACGAAGUAGGGUUGCAAAAAGGUGGAAAAUUUCGGAAACGUUCCAGAAAUGUUCGAAAAUUUCCAGGAUUUUUUGGAAUCUCCCAGGGAUUUUUGUAAAGUUUCUGGAAAUUUACUGGAAAUGUUCUACCCUUUUGCAACCCUAGAUCAUGUGCAGCUUGAACUGAGGCGUUACAGUGAUUUGUCACGUACACACUGCAAGUUUCAGGAGUGAUCACCGCAUUUAAAUGCAGGAGUGAGUCCCGUAAAUUAUCGUUCCAUGUGUGUACGGAACAGCAGUCACUCCUGCAUUUAUAACCAUAGCAACAUUUUGUCAUCUUGCAUGAGUGAAUAAGAAUUUAGAUACUGUUUGGUAUCGGUCAUCUUUUUUUUUUUUGGCUAAAGACUUUUUUCUACGUCGGUUUUAACUAAACUACCGCUGAUAGACAUGCUGUGUUUUGUUUCUGCUCGGGAGGCUGUUUUAGAGAGCGCUGUCUUGCAGUGUUGCCAUGUCCUCAUAUUUAGAGUUUUUAGGCAUGUUGUUUGGCCUUAGCUCAUAAAGCUAGGCACUUUAUGGAGUUAAAAUGGUCUGUUGCGGAUAUGAGAUUUAUGUUUUUGGUGUUACAAAACAAAGCAUUUGGGUGUUUUAGUGUUUUUUUUUGUGCUUGUCGAUUUAAAAAAAAAAAAAAAAAAUUCUGUGAAGAUCUGGCAACACUGACACUUUACAGCAGUAAAUAUUUUACUGUAUUUUCUUGCAUCUCACAUACAGACGAAUACACAUUUCUGAUGCGCGAUUAAAUACAUCAUUAACAACUAGUUGUUCAGUUCCGUACACACUGCAUAGAAUUUCUGUAAAUGUGGUUGUCACUACCUGUAUUUUAGUGAAUUUUGUGUGUACUGAACGCGAUUAAGGAGUAAAAGGUGAACUGACAACCGAAUUUAGCUGCAUUGUGUACGUGGCUAUUAAAGAGCCACAAAACGCUAUUUAUUGUUUGAAUUUCUUAAAAAUUGACCUCGUUUCAUACCAGAGGUAACCUGCUCGGUCUUGUUUGUCGGCACGUUGUCAGUUUCCGCUUUGCUCUGCGAUGUAUUUUUCACUGCGUGAGAACAAGAGAGCGGCAUGGCUUGUCGGACAUAGCAACAGUAACUAAGGGGGGCGGAUCUUUGCAAAGGAUCAAUUGUAAUAUGGAUUUUGAAAUUCCUUGUUCAGUGGAACAAAGUUCAAAGAAAUGCUCAUAUUUCAUAUAAAUAUAAUUUAUAAUGGGUUCUAAAUCUGUUGACGACAAAAGGGAAACAUUUCAAGGUGGUUUUCUGCCAAAAUAAGCUCUAUGGCUUAAUGUUUGAAAGCAAAGAAAAAACAACCAUAAAUAUUAGUAUUUUAAAUGUACUGUUGUUAUAUAUAAAAUAAUAAUCAUAAUAAAUAUUAUUAUUAUUUUUGUUGUAAUUAUUAUUUUAUACAUUAUAUAUAUAUUUAUUAUAUAAAUUAAAAUUAUUAGGAAAGUUCAGUAGUAUUAUAGUGAUGUCUUUUUACAUUCAUUUUUAUAAUUUGAUAUAAUAAUGAUAAUAUUAAUGCUAAUAAGUAAUAAUAGUAACAAAAAUAAAUUGCGAUUUGAUGUGUUUCCCCAAUUUGUUCUGCCUUUUUUUUUUUUUGGCUGGUAGAAAAUUGUUAUUUCUUAAGUCACGGGCCAUUGCCAGAUCAGGCAAUAUAAAUAUACAAACAUUUCCCUAAUAAUGCCUUAAUUUACCCCAAAGUCUUCCAAAUUGGGGCCAAACAGCAUGAAGCAGCUCACAGAUCUUUAUUUCUGGUCUGUUUAUGCUGGACUCGUGAAGUUUCUCUGUUGUGUUGAAUUCCUUUAAAUUGCGGUUCAGUAUAUUCCUCUUCCUGUCAUUCCAGUUGAGAUUCCUGUUGAAUAUCCUGUGUGUUUUGGCCAAUUCAGUUCAAAUUCACUCUUUAAUUUUGAUGAAUACCAGUGACUGAUGACACAUCUGAUGUGUAGCAGUGUCAUUUUCAGCGGUGCUUCUGGACUGAACGUGGCUCAUAAUGAGACGGUGAUGCUUUAGUGCUUGUUUGGGGAGAAUCGGAUGAUAGACUCGCAGACUGAGAGAAACUCAAUACGGCUCUGAAGAUUCACUCUUACUGACUUCACAUGUUGUCUUAACACGCAACACUCAAAAAACAGAAAUGAAACCCCGCUGAAUGCAUCACACGUGUAAAUGCCUGUAAAUGUUCCCUGUAUUUAUGAAUGUAAACUGUAAAUAAAAACCUGCGGCCACGUCUGCAAGAUCAGACUUCACAACUGUGCUGCUGAG